UUCCUUUGGGACUUAAUGCUUUGCAUGUUUCUAAUUUCAGGUGUUCUCAAAAAUACUGUUCCUCUGGAUCAUGCCAAAAGACAUAACUACAUGAUCAGUGUGGUAGCAGAAAGUUGUACCAGAAAGCGAUCCAAACAAGUCCUCGUUAAUAUUUUGGUGAAGAAGAAGUGUGAAGUUGGUUGGAAAGGUAUCCAGCAGCACCUAGAAUACAUGCCAAAUUCUGGCCGUCAAAAGAUCAGCGAACAUGCACACCUCGACCUCUGUGACAAACCGUGUCAAGUUGAGAAAGUGUCCAUUCGGAUGGUGCUUACAACUAAGCACAUUGGUAAAGGCUGUGACAGAGAUACCUACUCCAUCUCAUCACAAAGGAAACUCUGUGGUGCUAAUGGCGAUAGUGUUGAUCUGUUGCCAUCUCCAAGUGUUGCUACUUGGACAUCAAGCCUACCAACAGAUGACGGUAAAGAGAGUGAUCAAAUCUUUGCGUUUGACGGCCAGACUAAUGCGGUCGAGGUUCCUGAUGGCCAUCUCAAUCAUUCUCUCACCAGUCACUUUACCAUUUCUACCUGGAUGAAGCGCGAACACAACUCCAAGAGGUUCGGUGGACAAUCAUCACCAAACAAGGCACGAAAAGAACACAUUCUUUGUAUGUCUGAUGGAGAACGUAAGUGGCCUUUUGCGUUGGAAUUUGGAUUCUUAGUAAAACUCAAAGAAUUGCUCCCCUUUCUUUCUCUCUCCUCUCUCUUUUUCUCUUCUCUCCCCUCUCUCUCUCUCCCACUCUUUCUCCUCUCUCUCCUUUUUCUCUCUAUCGCUCUCCUUUUCUCCCUCUUCCUCUUUCUCUCUUUCUCUCUCUUUCCCUCUCUCUCUCUUCUCUCUUUUCCUCUUUCUCUCCCAUCUCUCUCCCCUCCACCGAUCUCUCUCCCCUCCACCGAUCUCUCUCCCCUCCACCGAUCCCUCCCCCUCCACCCCCUCUCUUUCUCUCUUUUGUACCAGAAGAUUUUAAUUGUCCGUUUAUAUAUUGAUGGCAAAGUUGUCGUCCCCUCAAACCAUGAUUUUGAAGUCGUGGAUGAUUGGCCUCUACAUAGAACUAAAAAAGUCCAUUUCACAGAACUGGUUGUUGGUGCUUGCUGGCAAGGAAGCACGAAAAAGUUUGACCAUUUCUUCCGAGGGUACCUUGCCGAACUUUCUGUUUUGCGUGACAAAACAGAGAGCGAAAGAGUCAUCAAGUGUUUAGUCAACUGCAAGGAAUAUCUCGAUUUCCAUGCUCUGAACAAGAUGGAAAGUGGAACGUCUGUGAGCUUCAACAGUGAAAUGACUGAAUUUAGCAUAAUGGGUAAGAACGUGACAGAAGUGGAAAGUCUGAUCCGAGAAGUCUCUUACGUAAAUGCAAGACAUUACCCGACUCCAGGAAGACGUGCACUCUUUGUUUUGUAUACGUGUGGUUUUUGUUUUGUCAGAUGCCAGAGUGUUGACGGUGAGAGCAGCCACUCCCCGCUGUCCGGCGUUAACCCCGUGGACAUCGACAUUAUCGUAAUGCACCCGAUGAGACCAAUCAUCACAGUCCAGGGCCUUUCCAACUUGACCCUCACUCCGAGCCAACUGAAGGUCGGACGAAGAAUAUUUGGUAACGUUGAGAUCAUUGUGAGCCAAGCUGACGAUGAAGAUGAAGAAGAAGAUGAUGAUGACGACGACGAAGAUGAGGACGAAGAUGUGAGAGGUGAAGAUGGAGAUGACGACAAACUGAAUGGUGUUUUCCCUGAUGCUGGUCUGUUUAAACCUCAAAGGAAAGAAUUCCUUCUCGACAGCUGUACCGUGACUGCUGAACCAAUCCUCGAUUUACACAAGGAAGUUCUUCUAACUCCACAUGAUUUGAUCCAAAGUCUCAAACUGGAAAGUAGUUUAAUUAAUAAACGAUUGCUGAUUAAAAAUGCUGAUAAAGUGAGGGACUACAUCACUGUGCUGAAAGAAAUCCGUUACGUCCACAAAGACGGCAAUUCGCUUGGCAGCAGAUAUUUUGAAUUGGUCUGCUCCUCUCAGAAUGGCCGAUUCCAGAGCAAACCUGUGAAAAUAAAGAUCAUGGCUAUUCACGAUGAAGAACCUGAUACCAAAAUACAUGCUCACGCUCGACAUAAUAUGGAAACACCAUACAGCGACAAUGAAAUACAUAUGCUGGACAACAUAAAAGCCACGGUUUCUACUGCUCCAAAUUUUGGCAUGGCAGCCAUCAUUGUCAUUUGUGUUGGUUUCCUGCUCUUCAUGAUCAUCUUGGGUGUCAUUCGGAUCCGUGCGGCCCACAAACGAACCCAGGUGGUUGCUGUAGAUGAGAAGCAGGAAAUGGAAUGGGAUAACUCUGCCCUUAACAUCACUGUGAAUCCCAUGGAUCAGCCUUAUGAUAGAGGUGACAGUGCCUUGCAAGCAUUACGUGUUGCCGACAGCGAUUCUGAUGAUGACGAUGACGACACGUGUCAUGACAGCUCCGAGGAGGAAGCAAUGGAGAAAGGCACCGCUCCGACCAAAGUCGGUCGGGAGCUUGAGUGGGACGAUUCCAUCUUGUCUUUCUAAGCAUGUGGAAUAUUUGUAUGUAUGUAUGUAUGUAUGUAUGUACAUAUGUAUACGCGUGUGUUUGUCAUGUGGGAGGGAUGCACGCACACAUACAUACUCAUGCACACACAUGCACACACAUACACAAACACACACACACACACACACACACACACACACAUGUGCAUGCACGUAUAUGGAAAAACUUAAGAUGAUUGGAAAAUAAGAAAAACCUCUACAAAAAAUAUUCUAAAAAUUUAAAGAAUGAAAAUAAGCAAGAACUUCUACACACACACACACACACACACACACACGUUACUAACAACAGCGGCACUACCACCAACCAAACAUACUACCAUCACCCCCUCCUCACCUCCACCACCACCACUACCACGGCUGGGUCAUCAUCAUCAUCAACUACAACAAAUCUUUAAACCUAAUUGUCAGUUAUCAGCAAACAGGUUUUUUAUUCUUUCUCAAAAAAAUUUACUACUACUACUGCUACUACUGCUGCUGCUGCUGCUGCAGUUGUGGCUAGUGUUUUAAUGCUUGUUUUAGCAAUGGUAUUAGUACUACUACUAAUACUACUAUUAAUGUUAUUACUACAUUUACUAAUAUUUACAGCAAGGGUUCUUACUACUACUACUACUACUACUACUAGUAAUAAUAAAAAUAAUAAUAACGAUGAUAACAUUAACAGCAUUAAUGAUGAUAUUUGUAAAAAUAACACUAAUAGCAUUGAUAAUAACAUUGAUAAUAAUAAUAAUAAUAAUGGUAAGAUUAACGUUAGUAAUAAUAGUAACGAUAUGGUUAUAUUAAUAAUAAAAACUAAAAUUUAAUUCUUUAAAGAAAAGGAAAAUAUUUGGGAUAAAAUUGUAAAAAAAAAGUAAUAAACAAACAAGAAGAAAGCAAGACAGUGUUGUGAAUGAUUAAUAAUAAUAAUAAUAAUAAUAAUAAUAAUAAUAGUAAUAUAAAUGAUGAUGCUACUGGUAUUAAUAAUGGUAAUAAUUAUCGUUCCUGGUGAACUGAUGAUGUUGAUGAUGAUGAUAGUGAUGAUGAUGAUGAUGAUGAUGGUUAUGCUAAUGAUGAUGAUAGGGAUGAAGUCAGUGAUGAUUAAAUAUGAUGAUAAUUAUAAUAAUAACGAGAGCGACAAAGUUCGUUUAUCGGGAGCUGAUUAAAAGAAACAAAAUUAAAAAAAAAACGCUGAUGAAAAGAAUCUUUUCAAAAUAAAAAAAAAACUGAAUUAACAAGAGAAAAAUUAUUAUUAACAACAAUAAUAAUAAUAAUAAUAAUGAUGAUGAUGAAGAUUAAAAUAUUCUGUAUAAAUUAAAUAUAUUAAAAAAAAAUCAAAAAAAAUUAAAACAAGAAAAACUUCCUAAAUGGAAGAAAUUUUUUCAAAAUCAAAUGUUCAUCAAAAUUAUUAUUAUUAUUAUUAUUAUUAUUAUUAUUAUUAUUGUCAUCAUCAAAGGCGACGGAUUGGCAGGAUAGGUUAGGGUGUCGGACUAAAAUGCCUUGUGGUGUUGAAGUUUGUCCCUUUUACCUUCUGAGUUCAAAUCCCACCGAGGUCGACUUUGCCUUUCUUCCUCUUUCAGGGUCAAGGAAGAAAAAAAAAAUACCAAGUACCAGUGAAAUACUGGGGGAGAGAGGCAGAGCUGAUAUAAUUGACUCUUAUAGCGAUUCCCCUGGCCUUGUGCCUACGUUAGAUUCAUAAUCAUCAUCAUUAUUGUUAUUAUUACUAUUAUUACUAUUAUUAUUAUUAUUAUUAUCAUUAUUGUUAUUACUGUUAUCCAUGUUGGUAUUUCUAUUUCUCAGAACUUUAGCCAAACAAAUAAUGGAAGAAUAUUUAAAAAAAAAAAAAGCCCCUCCCCUCAAAUGUUCUUUUUCAUUUGAGAUGGUUAGAGAUAGAGAGAAAAAGAUAGACAAACAGACAUACAGAUAGUGGUGUAAGAGAGAUAUAGAUAGACAGAGAAAUAAAGGUACAAGAAGUUUAGACAGAUCAAUCGGUGAUUAAUGAUUGAUAAUAGAUAAAUGGAAUGUUAAUGGCAGAUAUUCUUUCUGGGCCCCUUGAGGUCCUGUAAAGGUCACAGAUGGCGUUAAUUUCUACUGAUUUAGUUAUUAAAAGACAAAAGAUAUCAAAACACACACAGAAAAAAAAAAUGGAAAGGAUAGGUGUAAGAGGAGGGUAAUUAAGGAAAAUAGGCAGGUAAAUGUGUGUAGAUAGAUAGAUAGAGAGAGAGAAAAGUAAAAGUAUGAGAUGAGUAGAAGAUGGAGAGAUAGAAGUUUAAGAGAUAUAUAGA